UCCACUCAGUUUUUUAUCUUUCGUUUCUUGCUUGCAACUAUUCAGCGAUGGAGGACUUCGGCUGCGGGCUUGCAUGCCCUCCUAUGGACGAAGUAGGAAUUCUAGGAAUUGAUCUGCAGAUUCAUUUUGAUCUUUCACCUGAGAAAUUCUUUGAAUGUGUCCAAGAAGUAAAUGAGCCGCCGCGGCCUCUGCCUUCUAGGCCAGCACAACCACAACCAAAGCCGCAGCGGAUCUAUGGCAAAGGAAAGGAGAUGAAGAUAUUGAAGUCUGUAUAUGGAGUCGACACUGUCACAGAUAAUAAAAAAGACACAAAGAACUCCACUUCAAGAUUUGAUCAGUCUCUUGAUGAUUUAAGAUUUCGGUGGGUUCAUGAUGAAGCCUAUUUGGAGACGAAGUUAAAGGAAAGCGGACGAAAAAUUCACGCACGGAAUCAAGAAGAAGAGAAAAAUCAGAGAAAGAUUCAGAUAAUCGACAUUGUGGAUUUGCCAAAAGAAACCAAGAAAAAGUUAGGAGUCUCCAAACAGAAACUCCAUCGUCUCGCCACUAGCAGAGCAGCUGGACAACCAAACUCAUUGAAGAUGAAUCGAAGGAGGCGCAUGGAAGAGGGUGCGUGGAUAUGGAGUUCUUUUCUAUUUUCUUUCAUUACGUGGACGUGGAGUUGAAAUUUCUAAUUUAUAUGGAAAUAACAGUGAAGAAAAAAUGGAGGAAAACAACCCAUUAGCAAGGUUGAUGAUUACUUGAUGGAUAUUGGGGAGCAGAGAGCAAAUUAUGUAAACAUUAUUGCCAACAAUAGUGAAAAAGAUGCAGCAGCUCCGUGGACGUAGGCACAAAAUUGCCGAACCACGUAAAAUUUUGCGUGUCUUUCUCCAUUUCUCUGCUUUUUAAUUUUCUGCGAGUUAUAUUCUUGAUUCGAUCCACCAAGUACAAACCCAAAACCGGCCU